UUUUCUAUUACUCAUCCUAUUAACAAAUGCAGUUUCACAAACGAAGAUGGAUCCUGAUAGGAUUAUUCAUCCUGAUGAUCCAAUAUUGACAACUACUGAAGAUAUUUUGGAUAAUCGAUUUUUAGUAAACGUUAGAAAAAAUUGUCCACAGGGUCAAAUUUUGGAUCAAAGACAAAUAUGUAGGAAACAAUUUUAAGGAGUUUAAAAAAUAAUUUAACUUAUUUUUGUGAUGAUAUUUAUUUAUAGGCAACCACAUAUACCAAGUUAAAAAUUAAUAAAUUAUUGUGUUAAAAAGAUUACAUUAAUGAAUAAAGAAUAAGAUAUUUAUUAUCAUUAAGGUCAGCGUUUUGUUGUUUAUAACAACCUUUGAAUCGCAAAAAUCACAUCAGUCUCAAAAAACACUUGGUAAAUUACAUAAGAAGAAAAAUGUUGUUUCGAUUUAAAAUAGUUUUUAUUUUUUCAAUAAUUUUCACCACCGCCCAAGGUCUGUAUUAUCCAUUUAAUUAUCCAAAUUAUUAUCACGUCCCUAAUUAUCCGAAUUACCAAAUCUAUGCACCAUACAACAACUAUUAUCGAUCAUAUCCCCAAAUUGCGGUUCAACCUCGAUUUCAAAUUACUCAUCAACCACUUUCCUCCCAAUUCAAAUUCGAAAAACUCCAAGAUUUCACUGAUUAUUACAAAUAUUUAAACAAAAAAAUCCAAAAUGAUGUUAACCACCUUUAUAGUUAUCCUCAGCAAGGAUUUCAUCAAAUCAAUAAUUUAAACGAAAAUCCUAAUUUCGUUCCAAUAAAUCAAUACACUCCUCCUUCUUCUCCAAAUAUUAACCCAGGAAUUAGUACUGUGUUUGAUAUUAACGUCGAUAAAGAUACUAAAAAAGUGGAAAAUAAGGAUAGUGAAGAAAAAGUUGACUUAACUGAUCUCUUAAAUAUCCGUGAUGGAAUAAAUUCACAAUCAGUUCCAAACGAUACAAAUAAUAGUACCGAAGAAAAUAAUGGUGGUCAUGAUGAAAAUCAAAUUGUAAUCAACGUAAAUGAUUAUGUCGAUUAUAAACCUCAGUAUGAAAAUGAAAAUGUUGAUUUGGAUGACAAUGAUGAAGAUUUAGCAACUGUAGAUGAAGAUGAUGAAGACUACGAUAAUUUAGAUGAAGAUCAAACAGAAAAACCAACGGAGAAACCAAGGAAACUUUUUUCUUUUUUUAAUUAAUUACAAUUAUACCAAAUAUUAUUUUUUUGUAAUCUUUUUAUUAUUCAAAAAUAAAUAGUCUUAGUUUAUUAUUUUAAACGCACAACUUUCAGAUUAAUUUCCAGUUUAAUCUAUGCGAAUGCAGGUUACCUUUCUAAAUAUAAUCUUAUCUGUUUUAUUAUAAACACAAUUCGCUGCAAUUAUUUAAUUAACAGUGUGAUUAUGACUCAACAGUAAAUUAUUUAGGCGCCAUUUUCGACUUUAAAUUUAAUGAUCGCACAUUGAUCAAUUUAGCAAGAUGACACUAAAUUGCUUCAUUAAUGGGCAGGAAGGUCUAUAGCCCUUUUGAACUCUUUUUUAUAUUUGUUUUAUAUAUGUAUUUCUUUUCGUAUU